AGGAAGGCCACAUCACUUAUUUGAAAUCGAAGGAAGAGAAAGUGAAACUCAAAGACUUACGGGCUCUGUGGGUGACUCACAAGGCACCAUAUUAAACUCUGACAACAGUCCGACAUUUGUUCUCCACUUGGACUGCGAGAGCAGAUUGAGCCAGAGGCUGUGAACGGUGGACGGACGCAGUCCCCAGGGCAAGGAUAAAGUCGGACGAAAGCAUCGGAAAUGGGUGGUGAACAGAGCCAGAUGAUAAAGCGAGGGUACACUGUCCAGAAGGAAACCGCAGAAGGAGGAACUGAGAAAGUUGUUCUGGCGAAGUGUGCUCUUGAUGGAAAAGACUACAUAAUCAAGAUCAUUAACACGAAAAAUGUGGAAAGUGUGAAGAAGGAGAGGAUAAAUGAGGAGGUGACCAUUCUUGUUGACACGGACCACCCGUUCCUUACUCAGUACAAAGAAGCAUUUGAAGAUGAGCACAGGGACUUGCACAUAGUGAUGGAGUACUGUGAGGGCGAUCUCUCGAAAAAGAUCGCAGACCUAAAAAAGACACCAAAAGAGGCAGACAGAAGGCUGUCGGAGGAUGAGAUCUUAAACUGGUUCACAUUGAUCUGCCUGGCCUUGAAAGAUCUUCAUGAUAAGGAGAUCUUACACCGAGACAUAAAACCUCAGAACAUCUUUCUGACCAAGCAUGGAAUCAUAAAACUAGGAAAUAUUGGAGUUGCCAAAGUCCUAAACAGAAAAGAAGAAUACGGAAGAAUCCAGAUCGGAACACCUCUUUAUGUUUCUCCAGAGGUGUGGAAGGGAAAACCUUUUACUAAAAAAAGUGAUAUCUGGGCAUUGGGUUGUGUGCUGUACGAAAUGUGUUCGUUUGAAUUUGCGUUUGCUCCCAAGGAUCAUCUUCUUUUCAUGUUUGAGCUGUGGAACACAUCUUCUCCACAAUUCUCUGAGGACUUCUCACCUCAGCUGUGCAGUCUGGUAAAUGAGCUUCUGGGAAAGGAUCCAGGAGACAGACCUAGUGUUGAUGAAAUUCUAAAGAAGCCUUGCAUAAAAAGACGGAUUCCAAAGGACCUCUUACAAAAGGUUGUUGAAGAUGAAAAUUGGCAUGGAUCUAUAUCUGUUCCUCUAGUGGCACCAGGCAAUGAAGACGGGAUCCACCUAGAUGUGGUUAAUGACAGGAAUCUGAGUGAUGCUGUGAUUCUUCUUGGUGAAAACACUGAGAAAUUUAAAACUCUCUACAGUCAGAAUGCUGAUUUUCUACACAAUCUGGUGAAAGAGCUGGAAACAGUUGCUGAUGGUCUGGAACGGGUCCACUACAGAGCAACUGUGGGCAGCCUGACAGGGGGUGUGGUGGGGGCAGCAGGAGGAAUCACUUCAAUAGUUGGACUCGCCCUAGCGCCCGUGACCCUGGGUGCCUCUCUCAUUGUUACAGGGGUGGGGAUUGGUAUAGCUGUGGCUGGAGGGGCCACCAGUGCUGCCUCCAACAUCACCAAUAUGGCGAUCCAGUCAGCGGAUCGUAAGAACAUUGAGAGGAUCAUUAAUGAGUACAGGGAGAAAAUGGAACCCAUCCUCAUAUGUAUUGAGGAUAUCUGCAGAAGUCUGGACAUCCUGAAGCAGUAUGAGAGCUUCAUUGGAACACCCAACAUGUUUCAAGCUGGGUGUAGAAUAGGGAGGGGUUUGGGUGGCAUUGCAGAGCUCGUCCGGCUCAUCCAAGUAGCCAACAUCGGCAAGGUGGCGGCCCAAGCAUCCAGAGCUGUGCGUGUGGCAGAAGUCUUCACAGGGGUGCUCUCCGGCCUCUUCGUCGCUCUCGAUGCCUACUUCAUCUACAAGGACAGCAAGGAGAUCCAUGAAAUGAGACAAACAAGUGGCGAUUCCACGGCAGAUCCCACAAAAACCUCUAAAGCUGAACUACAAUCAACCACCAUGAAGAUCAUAGCAAAUAUCAGAGACAUGGCUUCAAGUUUCAAGGAGAAGCUCAGUGAGCUGGAAAGUAUAAAAGCAGAACUAGACAUUUUGGAGUUCUGAAUCUAUUUUAAUUCUUUGUUUGCUCACAGGGUGUGGUGGCGCAGUGGGUUGGACCACAGUCCUGCUCUCC